AUGGUUUCCUCGGAUCCUAGAGUAAACCGCGAGGCUCGACUUCCUCACUCUCCAAAAAAGGCGAACGGCGGGAAAGCAGCUCCUGAGUCAAACGGAACCAGCAGUACUCACUCGAGCGAUGAAAUUCAAAAAAAAGAACCCGGAAAAUCUGCCAAUGGUAAAACUGAAUGCAAGUUGAUGCAAAUCCGGGAUGACAAGUCGACUUCAGACGUGACAUUGCUCCUAGGAAAGGACCGUGUUCCUUUCUACCUCCACAAACCAAUCCUUUCUAUUGCGUCCGACUUCCUCAGAGCGAUCUUGACCACGGCAAAUGGCAAUGGAGAGAAUCCGGUCCCUAUCCCCAUGAUCACCCCGGAGGCAUUCGAGGUCAUCACGCGUUGGAUGUACGGAGGUGGACUCGUCCUCGAACCGGAAUACGGCCUUAACGUUCUCGACGUCGUCUCGGGCACCAAAUAUCUUCAUCUUAACGACAUGAGGAUGAAGAUUCUCGACCACGUUGAAGAAUUGAUGGAGAAGCAUCUCUCGCAACCCGUCAUUUCCCGGGCUACCGAAGAAGGGAAACGCAUUGUCAACGAAAUGAACGAAGUCAUUCGUUUCUUUGUUCAAUUGUGCAAUCUCUGCUGGGAUGAUGACCUCGGGAGACUUGUCAAGUGUGCAGACUGGAUUAUCCGUGGCCAGGGUGUUGAUGUCGAGAGUUUGGUUCCAGCGAUUGGACAAGAAGUCGGUGGACGACUUUUCAUCGCUGCUAUCAUUAAAGCGGGCAAGAACAACGGCUGUACGGCCUGUGAUCUUGACAAAGAAUUUCAAGGUGUUCAAGAUACCGUCGAUCGCAUCGUUCGUCGUGCUAGUUCUCUCCAGCUUUGA